GCAGCAGCCAGUCUCCCCAGUUCCUGUUUCCGCCACGACUCGCGAAGCAUCCCUUUCGUUAAAACAUACGCGCUGUGGAGAUACUAGUACGCCAGUGCCAAAUCAAGGACCAGAAUCCCUUGCAGAGUCCCUAGAGGAAUAAGAACUCAUCAGAGCCAUUGGUUCCCUGAAGUGUAGUCUCAUAAGCAAAGUCUCAAGGGAUCUCAAAACCCUCCACCCCUUCUCUGCGAGGGGCCGCUGCCAUGAUAUAACCUCCAAGUCUCUAAGUGCACAUGCAAGCGAGACCCAGCGACCCCUGACGCCCCCCUUCCACUCUAGAGGAGCCCUGAUGUGGUGCGCUGCCGCUGAGCUGAGUAUGUCUCAAACUCCCGUGUUGUGAAAGGAGAGUGUGUGCUGGGCAGCACUAGGCGCCAUGCGUCCGUGGACGGGCUCGUGGCGCUGGAUUAUGCUGGUGCUGCUGGCCUGGGGCACGCUGCUUUUCUACAUCGGGGGUCACCUCGUGAGGGAAAGCGAGCAUCCGGAACGGUCCAGCAGAGAGCUCUCCAAGAUCCUGGCCAAGCUGGAAAGGCUGAAACAGCAGAAUGAAGACCUGAGACGCAUGGCAGAGACUCUCAGGUUACCUGACGGACAGGCCGAUGGUGGUCCCGGAGCCGUGGGUAAACUACGCAACCUUGAAGAGCAACUGAUAAGAGCUAAGGAGAAAAUCAACUCUUACCGCAGCCUCCCUGCUGAUGGCCCAGGAAAGGACCAGGAGGAGCUAAGGAGGAAGGUGGAGAACGGCGUGAGGGAACUGUGGUAUUUCGUAUGCAGUGAGUUGAAGAAACUAGCACUGGUGGAGACUGGAGCGUUACAGAAACAUGUGGACACACUCCUGCAGGACCUUGGACACCAGCAGAGGUCCAUCAUGACAGACUUGUAUCGUCUGAGCCAGGCGGACAGUGCUGGAGACUGGAGAGAGAAGGAAGCUAAAGAACUGUCCGACCUAGUACAGAACAGAAUCACAUACUUACAGAACCCUCAGGACUGCAGCAAGGCUCGCAAGCUGGUGUGUAACAUCAAUAAGGGUUGUGGUUACGGCUGCCAGCUGCAUCAUGUGGUCUACUGCUUCAUGAUUGCCUAUGGCACACAGCGCACCAUCAUACUGGAGUCACAGAACUGGCGCUACGCCACCGGUGGAUGGGAGACUGUCUUUAAACCCGUUAGCGAGACUUGCACUGACCGCACGGGGGCCUCCACUGGACACUGGUCUGGUGAAGCAAACGAUCGGGAUGUUCAAGUCAUUGAGUUGCCCAUCGUGGACAGCCUGCACCCUCGUCCCCCGUACUUGCCCCUGGCUAUCCCUGAAGACCUUGCAGACCGGCUUCAGAGGCUUCACGGUGACCCACCUGUGUGGUGGGUGUCUCAGUUUGUCAAGUACCUGAUCCGCCCUCAGGCUUGGCUGUUGAAGGAAAUGCAAGAGGCCACCAGCAAGCUGGGCUUCAAGCACCCCAUUAUAGGGGUGCAUGUGCGCCGGACAGAUAAGGUAGGGACAGAGGCGGCAUUCCACCCCAUAGAAGAGUACAUGGUGCAUGUUGAGGACCACUACAAGAGUCUGGCCCAGCGCAUGCAUGUGGACAAGAAACGGGUUUACCUCGCCACGGAUGACCCCUCUCUACUGCAGGAGGCCAAGUCUAAGUACCCUGAUUAUGAAUUUAUAAGUGAUAAUUCUAUUUCAUGGUCGGCUGGGCUACACAACCGCUACACUGAAAACUCUCUGAGAGGAGUCAUCCUGGAUAUCCACUUCCUCUCCAGGACCAACUUCUUAGUGUGCACCUUCUCUUCACAGGUGUGUCGAGUGGCCUACGAGAUCAUGCAGACUCUCCACCCAGAUGCCUCCUCCUUCUUCUACUCCCUCGAUGACAUCUACUACUUCGGUGGGCAGAACGCCCACAACCAGAUCGCUAUCUACCCUCACCAACCACGCAACAGCGACGACAUCCCACUUGAGCCUGGAGAUUUGAUUGGAGUUGCGGGCAACCAUUGGGAUGGAAACUCCAAGGGAAUCAACCGCAAAACAGGCCGUACCGGCCUCUACCCCUCUUAUAAAGUCAAAGAGAAGAUUGAGACAGUGAAGUAUCCCACAUACCCAGAAGCAGACAAACUUCUUAAGAAGCCGUAGAUUGAAACAAAGACUGCAAAGACAGUACAAAUACUCUUGUUAAUGAAAUGAGAAAACCCUGGACCACCCGGAUGGGAAUGCACUUUGUGUGUGUGUGAGUGUGUAUGAAUGUGUUCGGUUACGUGUGUCUGUGUGUGGGUGUUGACUAGGGGUUCUUCACAGGGUUUUGGGACACAUUCCUUGCUCUGGUGCUUGGACUUUGAGUCUCCCUGAAAUGGCAAUCAGGGUUGUGGAAGACAAAAAACAAAGAGGAUGGACUCAAGGCAACAGAAACUGAAGGCACUGUACUGU